AAGAUUGGAUGUAGGAUUAAAUGAGGGUGGAUAGCACUGUUUGCGGGGCCAAGAGUCUUUUGAAGGGGAGAUGGUUGAUUUUAACACUUGGCACAAGGAAGUUUACUUUGAGCCCACUGUCCUGUGUGGCGAAAUUGACAAGAUAUCAACGUUCAGAGCUAGUCAGUUAGAAGAUGGUGACAUUAUUUGCUUUCAAAAAUCCCUUCGUGUUGAAAGUACUGAACAAUUCCGCUAUCCAGAUGUGCCUUCAUUUUUAGAAUAUGUGCAUAAUUUCCAAGUUGUACACUUUCGGUCUCUGGAAAAACCAAAGGAAGAUGAUUUUUGUGUGGAGAUGUCAAAGCUUUGUAAAUAUGAUGACGUUGUUGAAAACGUAGCUCAGCAACUUGGUUUGGAUGAUCCAUCCAAAAUUAGGCUUACAGCUCAUAACUGUUUCUCGCAGCAACCUAAGCCUCAGCCUAUUAAGUAUCGAGGAGUUGACAGUUUGUCUGAUAUGCUAGUUUGCUACAAUCAGGCAUCUGAUAUUUUAUACUAUGAAGUAUUGGACAACCCUCUUCCAAAAUUGCAAUGUUUGAAAAGCCUGAAAGUAGAAUUUCAUCAUGCUACUAAGGAUGAGGUCAUUAUUCAUUUUAUCAGGCUACCAAAACAGAGCACUGUAGGUGAUGUGCUUAAGGAUCUCAAAACAAAGGUCGAGUUGUCUCAUCCUAAUGCAGAACUCAGGUUGCUUGAAGUUUUCGAUCACAAGAUCUAUAAGAUUUUCCCACCCAAUGAGAAGAUUAAGAAUAGAAAGGAUCAAUACUGGACAUUGCAGGCAGAAGAGAUUCCAGAAGAAGAGAAAAAUCUUGGUCCUAAUGAUUGCCUUAUUCAUGUAUACCACUUUACCAAAGAUACAGCUCAGAAUCAGAAGCAAAUUCAGAACUUUGGGGAGCCUUUUUUCUUGGUAAUACAUGAAGGUGAGACUUUGGCUGAAAUAAAACUGCGAAUACAGAAGAAACUGCUAGUUGAAGAUGAAGAAUUUGCAAAGUGGAAGUUUGCAUUCUUAUCACUUGGCCGUGGCCGUCCAGAAUAUCUUCAAGAUUGCGAAAUUUUGUCCAGUCGUUUCCUGAAAAGAAAUUUGUUUGGUGCUUGGGAACAGCAUCUUGGAUUAAAGCACCCUGACAAUGCUCAUAAGAGAUAUUAUACUGCUAAUAAGGAAAGGUUGAAGAAAGAACAUGAAGAAAAAUUACUCAAAAAGAAGAAGGCAGAAGCACAGCUUUCUACCAUAAUAAAGGUUGCACGAGAUGAAGAUCUUGGAGAGCAGAUUGGAAGGGACAUUUAUUUUGAUCUUGUGGAUUAUGACAAAGUCUGGAGUUUCCAUUUUGAAAAGCGGACACCUUUUAAUGUUUUUAAGGAGGAAGCUGCUAAAGUGUUUGGAAUACCUGUGCAAUUUCAACGUUUUUGGCUGUUGGCUAAGCGUGAAAACCAUACAUGCCGCCCAAAGCUACCAUUGACACAUCUUGAUGAAACACGACCUCUAGGAACACUAGUGGAGUUUUCAAAUAAGGCUCAGAGUGCAGAACUGAAGUUGUUCCUGGAAGUUGAGCUUGGACUGGAUUUGCAGCCAAUUGCUCCACCAGAUAAGGCAAAGAAAGAUAUUUUGCUUUUCUUCAAGCACUACAAUCCUGAGAAAAAAGAGCUACGUUAUGUUGGAAGGCUUUUUGUGAAGCGUACUGGAAAGCCAACAGAAAUCUUGUCAAGAUUAAAUGAAAUGGCAGGCUAUUCUCCAGAUGAAGAGAUUGAUCUUUUUGAGGAAAUUAAGUUUGAGCCCAUUGUCAUGUGUGAGCCAAUUGACAAGAAAAUUACAUUUGGAGCUAGUCAGCUUGAAGAUGGUGACAUUAUUUGCUUUCAAAAGUCCCUUCCAGUUGAAAGCACUGAAAAAUUCCGCUAUCCAGAUGUUUGCUCAUUUUUGGAGUAUGUACAUAAUCGCCAAGUUGUACACUUUCGGUAUCUGGAAAACCCAAAGGAAGAUGAUUUUUGUCUGGAGAUGUCAAAGGCUGAUACAUAUGAUAACGUCGUUGGAAAAGUAGCUCAGCAACUUGGUUUGAAAGAUCCAUCCAAAAUCAGGCUUACAGCUCACAACUGUUACUCUCAGCAACCCAAGCCACAGCCCAUUCAGUAUCGUGGAGUGGAUCGUUUAUCUGAUAUGCUUGUUCACCAUAAUAGGUCAUCAAGUAUAUUAUACUACGAAGUAUAGGCAAAUGUCACCAAGCAUUGAGGUGGCAUCCGCACCCUGCAGCAUUUGGCUAUUUAUUUUGCUGUUGUCUUCGAGUAUAUAUAUACACAUCUCUAUGUUGAACAAACCUGACAUGUACUGCUUUCUGUUCCCCUCUGGGAAACCUCCAAGAACUGAAGUACCUGCUUGGUGUGGUUUAGAUAAAUCAAUCAUGAAAGUAGAGAGUGAUUUCUCUAUGCUUUUAUAAUGUCAAAAUAUAACAUUGCUAGAUGUUUUAACAAAUUUCUUAUAUUAAGAAAAAUUAGUUGUACCUAUUCCUUUAGAAAUCUUGAUGAUUGCUGCCAACAUUUGUCUACCCUUCCAUUUUUGCUUUCGUCUAUCAUCUGUCCGUCUGUUCCCAUUGACAGAAAAAUGGAUGGAGGACCGACUCAUGUAUAGACGACAAAGUAUGGAUGGACAGAUGAACGACAGAUUUACGUAAAAAAGUAUGGAUGGAUAGAUGAACGAGAGACUUACGUAUAAACAUUUAGGCAUUUU